AUGUUGACAGAUGACUUUCUCAAUGCUGACAGCAAUCGGCCAUUUGAAGAAGCCCUGUCCGAUGAAUCCACGUUCGACAUGGUACGAGUCACUGAAAACAGUGAAAGCAACGAUGACGAAGUUGACGACAGCGAAGAGCCCACCAUCCCCAAGGCUGCAACUGUUAAAACUCAUCAACCAAAUCGUUUUAACAACCCCCCAAACAGACAGUGUGACCCCUUCUACUUGCGACCAUUACGAAAAACCAAUGGCCGACGUGUGAUACAUCAGUCAAGCAACUGGCCGCCACAGUCUACCUGCUGCAGUGUCGGACAUUUGCCAAAGAGCUGGAUUGAUCGGACACAGGACCAACCACUCAGAAAUAACGCAAAUGGCAACAGCAGCAGUGGAAAGGAAUUCCUGGUCACCUUUCCAGAAAAUGCAUUAUACCCCAACGAGCCGAAACAACAAUGCAUCAUCGUUACAACCGUUCUGAAUGCUGCGUCUGUGCAGGUCACCAGUCUGUCUCUGAGCAUCAACUUCACACAAACCGUGAACAUCACCAGUGCUGAAGGCGGUUAUAUUUGCCUAGAAGAAGGCAUCCAGUUGUCAGGGAGUGGAAUAACAGAUAAAGUAGUACGCAUCAUCUCCGAUAACGACGUAAAUGUUCUUGCUGUCGAUUUUGGAGGUUUUUCAAUGGAUGUAUAUCUCGCACUACCAGUUGAUCAGUUCGGGUUCAGUUUCUAUGUAGUGACCUAUCAGAGUACAGGUGACAAGACACAGUUCUCAGUGACGUCUUCUUCCGCCGAUACUUCAGUAACCAUAGAGUUCCCAUCUGGUCUGGCUACAUUACAGUAUAAUAGUAUCACCAUUCUAAAUCCAGAUAUAAUAAAUGUAACCCUACAAAAGCACGAAGUUAUCCAGUUCCAAAAUGAUAGAGACCUGACAGGAACGUACGUGUCAUCAAACAAACCAAUUGCUGUCAUAGCGGGAGCACGGAAAUCCUCUUUGGACACUACAAAAACCAAAGAUCAUCUUGUUCAACAGAUGACCCCCGUUACUACAUGGGGCAAACACUUUGUGUCCGUUCUCUCCCCAGAAAAGACUAACACAUCAGAGGACCUGUAUCGCAUCCUUGCAAGCACCUCAAACACAACUGUACAUGUAGGGGGUUCAAUUUACAACCUGGAAAAAGAAGGGGACUGGUUGGAAACAAGGAUCUCUGCCACAGAUCCUGUGAAGAUCACGUCGAAUGAAGCGAUAUUGGUGGUAAAAACUGGGUUGAAGUCAUGGAUGCGCCCCUGA